CUUUUGGAUUGGAAAUUUGCCAGCUGCUCACUGAUGUCCUGCUCAAUGGAUGGAGAUUUUGCUGUUUAACCAUUUUUGCCCUAUGACUAAAGAAUGACCUCGGUAGAUUUACCACUGAUUCUCUCAAUAGCACCACAAAAUUCACGGCCUCUUAUUGAAACACGGACCAAAAAAAUGACACAGAGUUUAAACACAUGGAAAUCUGAAGUGGUGUCUAAAAAUGUGGGGUCUAAAAAUGGGGGUAAAUAUCCCCCUUUAAGUCAAAUCUCUUCUGACUGUAGAAAAAAGACUCCCCCACCCGGUGACAAAACCAUCUCAAGUGCAAGAGACUUCAGAAGCCCUAGGACUCAUCAGUUGGUCCCAACUUCAGCACAAAGCAAACAAAAGGGUUUAUAUAAUGGUUCAACAAAGAGACCAACGUUGGUUCAUAGCUACAGUACACCUACAAUAUCAUCAACUUCGAGACUGAAGACACCACGAUCUGCUUGUGUUUCAACAAAAACAUUGGGGUCAAGAGGUAAGGCCACGGCUGAAUCUGGAAGUAGUCAAACUGAAAAUAGCAUUAUUCCAAUAAAAAGCUUCAACUCAUUGUGUAGCCUAAGAGAUAACGGUUUUCCCAACAAGCCCAGCUCUGGACUGAAUUCCCCCAGACUGUCUAAUAUCACAAGUUUAUCCUCCCCCAGGCAGUUACUAAAUGCUGGAGCCAGUAAACAAAGUAAAAAAGCACCAAACACUGCCCGGGGGUUUACAUCGAAACCAUUAGCUCGAAGUUUUACCAGAGCAGGGAAGAGUAUUAAUAAGAAAGUCACAACAGAGAACAAAAAAAACCAACCAGGUAGUAAUCGUGUGGAUGAUACCGAUGAACGGAUUAUAAACUGGCUUAUUGGGGUUGAGGACAGUGAACCUGAGGAGCCAGUUGCUCCCUUUAUUGAAUACUCAGACCAACCCUUACAAACAGAUAUAGCUGUACAUAUUGUUUACAAUGAGGAUUGAGAACACAGAUUUCGAAAGUUCACACCGGUGAAGAACCUCUUUGUAAUACCAACCUGGUUAAAAUAUACGUACACAGAAAACCUAUUGUAUAUUAUACAAACGCAUUCAUGUGCACACACACACACACACACACAUACACACACAUA